GUCACGUGAGCGCCGUGUCUCUGCAGCUCUGCCUUUGCUUCCUGCUCCUUUCUGAGCUUCAGGCCCAUGGAGGAGGAGGAUGAGGAGGCGCGGGGGCUGCUUGGGGACCGCCCCGAGGGGGACAACGCAGUCCCGGGCGCCCCGCGUGCUCUGCCCGCUCUGUGCGAUCCCAGCCACCUGGCGCACCGGCUCGUGGUGCUGUUCCUGAUGUGCCUUCUUGGCUUCGGUAGCUAUUUUUGCUAUGACAGUCCUGCUGCCCUUCAGACUCAGGUUAAACAGGACAUGCAAGUGAAUACUACGAAAUUUAUGCUGCUGUAUGCCUGGUAUUCUUGGCCCAAUGUAGUUUUGUGUUUCCUGGGUGGCUUUUUGAUAGACCGAAUAUUUGGAAUACGAUGGGGCACAGUUAUUUUUAGCUGCUUUGUUUGCAUUGGACAGGCUAUUUUUGCUCUGGGUGGAAUAUUUAAUGCUUUUUGGCUGAUGGAGCUUGGGAGGUUUGUGUUUGGGAUUGGUGGAGAGUCCUUAGCAGUUGCCCAGAACACAUAUGCCGUGAGUUGGUUUAAAGGCAAAGAAUUAAACCUGGUGUUUGGACUCCAACUCAGCAUGGCCAGAAUUGGCAGCACAGUGAAUAUGAACCUCAUGGGAUGGCUGUAUACUAAGAUUGAAGCUUCUCUGCGUUCACCUGGCCACAUGAUCCUGGGAGUAACACUCAUGAUUGGGUGCGUAACGUGCAUUCUUUCACUAUUCUGUGCCUUGGUCCUUGCUUAUUUGGAUCGGAGAGCAGAGAAAAUCCUUCAUAAAGAACAAGGAAAAACAGGUGAUGUCAUUAAGUUGACUGACGUAAAGGACUUCUCCUUGCCCCUGUGGCUGGUCUUCAUCAUCUGUGUCUGCUACUACGUGGCAAUAUUCCCUUUCAUUGGGCUGGGCAAAGUUUUCUUCAUGGAGAAAUUCGGAUUUGCUUCCCAGUCAGCAAGUGCAAUUAACAGUGUUGUGUAUGUCAUAUCAGCUCCCAUGUCGCCAGUGUUUGGACUCCUGGUGGAUAAAACUGGAAAGAACAUCAUCUGGGUCCUGUGUGCUGUCGCUACCACCCUCGUGUCCCACAUGAUGCUGGCCUUCACCUUUUGGAACCCAUGGAUUGCUAUGUGUCUCCUGGGUCUCUCCUACUCAUUGCUUGCCUGUGCGUUGUGGCCAAUGGUGGCAUUUGUAGUUCCAGAACACCAGCUGGGAACUGCAUAUGGAUUCAUGCAGUCCAUUCAGAACCUCGGGCUGGCCGUCAUUUCCAUCCUGGCUGGCAUGAUACUGGAUACUCGGGGAUACUUGUUUUUGGAGGUUUUCUUCAUUGCCUGUGUUUCUUUGUCACUUUUAGCUGUGGUCUGUCUGUAUGUGGUGAAUCGUGCCCGAGGUGGGAAUCUAAAUUACUCUGCAAAACAAAGGGAAGAAUUAAAACUUUCUCAUUCCGAGUAAGGCUCUGAAAUGGAGGUGUUGAGAAUGGGCAGCAUGCACCACUGAUUGGAAACCGUCAUGAAGAUUUUCUUUCUUUUUCUUUUAACAAAAGAGUCAUUUAGAAAAAUAAUAGAGUGGAAAAUAUAUUUAUAUUUCAAAUGCAUCUACUAAAAGUGUGUUCAUGCAGACCAUUUUAGCCUGUGGUUUUUGUAACUUGUGUCACUACAGAAUUCUAAUCAACAGUGAACAGUGUAGAAAAUUGGUCUGGAACACUCAGUGAGCUUUAAGAAGGGCCAGCUCUAAUAGUCUGCAUUUUCUAUUGGGGUAGUUUUUAGUCUGUGCAUCCUCAGGAUGAGCCUUUUCUGUAACAGGGAAAAGGAAAAAAAAAAAAAACCCACAAAGUAUGAGGGUUUGUAUAGAAAACUGUUACAUACAGAAUAAAUGAUGACCCUUUCACAGGCGUGCACUGUUUCAUAGAGAAUGGCAUGCAAUUGCUUCCUACUCUCCACUAGGGAAUCAAGAGUGUCAUUAAUGGUGGCUGCUGGGCAGCAACCUUUGGAGGUUUUUGUUGUUGUUUUUCCUAUCAGGUACAUAAUUUGUAGUACAAGCUUUCUGAAGAGUUUAUUUUUUUUCUCUUAAAGACAAUAAAAGUGUCUUUCAAUUUAUAAUGGCUACUUAUGUACAUGGGCACAUAAAACCAGUACAGAAAUUAUACUUUAUGUUUUCCUUAUGUUUUUAAAAUGUCAAUGCUGAUUUCAGUUUUGCUGUGGAAGAUGAUCUCCAGAAAUCAGAGCUGCAAUAAGAAAAUGUCCUAGGUACAGUCUCAUUGAAUAAUUACAGGUGUAGGGUACAUGUGAUGCAAAGCGUCAUAUAUAUAUAUGCUUACAGCUUUGGCAUUGAGAGGCUGGAGAGAUGACAGUGCCCAAGAACAUUUACUCCUCUUCAGUUUCCAGCAUCCACAUGGGGCAGGCAGCUCACAGUCAUCUUUAACUCCAGCUCCAAGGGAUCCAGCACCCUCCUCUGACCUCCCCAGGCUCUUGCAUAUUAAGGCUCUUGCAGGCGUGAGAGCACACACUUGUGCAUAUGCACAUACAAAUAUAAUAAUAAUACUGGAUCUUUUAAAAAGCUCAGAAACUGUUUUAAAAAUGCAUUCCUUUCCUUUUUCAUUUAUCAUUUAUUAUGCCAUUAUUUACUUGUUUUGAGGCUUUGACUACAUGUGGCUUUUGCAGCACAGGCCAAGUAUGAAGUUGACCUUGCACAUGUGCUGGCUGACUCCUAUGUGCUGGCCUUGUCCUUUCUACUGGUCUACACACAAGCUGUAGGAAACUUUGAUUAUAUAUAUAUUAUAUACAUUAUUUUUACAUACAUACAAUAUUAUAUACAUAUUUUUUUUCUUUUUUUUUUGUUUUUUUUUUUUAGACAGGGUUUCUCUGUGUAGCUUUGGAACCUAUCCUGGCACUCGCUCUGGAGACCAGGCUGGCCUUGAACUCACAGAGAUCUGCCUGCCUCUGCCUCCCGAGUGCUGGGAUUAAAGGUGUACGUCACCAAUGUCCCGAGAUGUUUUUAUAAAUGGGUUAUGUGCCUGCCCCUCUCACAGGCUUUGUCCAAUGCUAUUUCCUUCUCCUACAGUGUGUUCUCCAGUGUACAUUCUAACCUGGUUUUACCUGAUUUAAACAAAAACUGUAGUUCCAGCCCAGAACCAUUCUUCCAUGCAGAAACUCCUCCAGACCACUCAGGUCAGAUACAAUCCAUGAUGUCUAUGAACUUUAAAACCUCAUACUUGGCCUUCUUAGCUCACCUCAGUUUGUGAGGAAUUUGUGGCAGUGUGGGUUUGGGGUGGUGUGUUUCCUCCUCCUUAGAUUGUCAGCUCCAUGAGAGCAGGGACAUUGGUUUGUUAGUGAAUGUAUCCACAGUGCCUAGCACAAUGUAUGUACAAAACUUUCCUUCCUUCCUUCCUUUCUUCCUUCCUUUCUUCCUUCCUUCCUUCCUUCCUUCGCUCCCUCCUUCCUUCUUUCCUUCCUUCCUUCCUUCCUUCCUUCCUUCCUUCCUUCCUUCCUUUCUUUUCUUCCUUCCUUUCUUCUUUAAAAAAUGAUGUGAAAAAUAAAAAAUAAUUGGAAUAACUUGUUUGGAGGAUAAAUGGCAAUUCAAAUAAAAAGACCCCUAAAGGGUUGGUGGGCUGUGUAGUGA